UAUUCUAUUAAAUCUCAUUGUAUUAAUGCAACAAGCUCUACAGGCUGUAUACAUGCAAAUGUGUACUUGGGUGUAGGUGAUGUUGUUAUUCAGAACAGUGCCAACAGUGGAGUCGGUCAAGCUGUAAUUCAAAUUGCUGCUGCUAGGAAGUUGAGGACUAUCAACAUCAUAAGAGACAGGCCCAAUUUGUCAGAAGUAAGUGAUCAGUUAAAACUGAUGGGAGCUACUGAAGUUGUUACCGAAGAAUUUGCCCAAAGCUAUCGAAUGAAAUCUGUCAUUGAGCAAAUGGGAGAACCAACUCUUGCUCUGAAUGGAGUUGGAGGGAAAAGUUCACUCACUCUACUUAGACUCCUUGCGGAUGGAGGAACUAUGGUAACAUAUGGAGGAAUGUCACGACAACCAAUCACAGUUCCUACAGGCUCCCUUAUCUUUAAUGACAAAAGUAUUCAAGGCUUUUGGAUGACAAGAUGGUCUAAAUCAAGUACACAAUCAGAUCGACAAAAGAUGUUGAACUCACUCUACGAGUAUAUUCGAUCUGGCAGUCUAAAGACGGUACUCCAUGGGACUUGGAAAUUGCAAGAUUUUCAUGCGGCUGUAACAGAAGCCAUGCAACCUUUCCACGCCAAGAAACAAAUAUUUAUCAAUGAAACGUAAAGUUACUGAAUUAAAGUUUCUUCUGCAAUUAUCAGAAAGUUAGACUGUGCGUUAGUUGAUGACAUGAGUGAUACAUUCUAUGAAAAGAAUGUAAAUAAGUAAACAGCGUGACAACUCAA